ACAAGGGCAUCAUCGUAAAGCACCAUCGUCGUUAUCCCUGUCUUGCUCCAUGUGCCUCGUAUAAACCCACGAUUCCCUCCUCUGCCAGGAACCCCAACAGAACCAAUCUCUCUCUCCUCUCUCUCUCUCUCUCUCUGCACCUUCCUACCUCCUUUCCCCUUCCACUCUCUUCCAAUAUCACUUUUUCUUGUUUUUCAAUUCCCCAUCUUUUGAGAGUCUCAGUGAUGGGUGUAUGCUGUCGCUGUUCCCACACCUCACACAUCACCGCCAUCAUCAUCACCAGCUUCUUCCGCCACAAGCCUUAGAUUUUUACAGUUUUACUUCAUCCACGUAUUUCAACACCGUUGACCACACCCCAUGGUCUUCCUCUGAGGAUCCAAAAUGGUGGGUGGGACUGUCUUUUCCGCUGCUUCAAGUUUAACCACUUUGCUUCCCAACCAAUCACCUCCUUCCGCCUCUCAGCCUCUCGAUUCCAUUUUCCACUCUUCUUCUUCUGCUUCUUCUUCCCCUUUUCUCGGUUCAAGAUCUAUAGUGAGCUUUGGAGGUGUUCAAGGGGGGAAAGGGUGCAACGAGUCGUUCUUCCUGCCUUACGAUGAUAAUGGGGAUGAGGACACGGACGAGUACUUUCAUCAGCCUGAGAAAAAACGCAGGCUGUCCGUUGACCAAGUGCAGUUUCUUGAGAAGAGCUUUGAUGAGGAGAAUAAGCUCGAACCCGAGAGGAAGAUUCGGCUAGCUAAAGAACUCGGGUUGCAGCCGCGGCAGGUGGCGAUUUGGUUUCAGAACCGCCGGGCGCGGUGGAAGACGAAGCAGAUGGAGAAGGAUUAUGAUUCCCUGCACGCAUGCUAUAAUGAUCUCAAGGCCAGCUAUGAUGAUCUUCUCAGGGAAAAGGAUAAGCUCCAAGCUGAGGUAGCAAAGCUCAGUGAGAAGGUGCUCGAAAGAGAAAAACUGGAGGAGGGGAACUUUUACAGGGCUGAAACCAAGGGAUUUCAGGAGCCGCUGCAGAAGUCUAUGAUUGAUUCAGCUUCAGAGGGUGCAGGGUCCAAAGUUGACAUUAGUUCAGCAAAGAGUGACAUGUUUGAUUCAUCAGAAAGCCCACGUUACACUGAUGGAGUACACUCUACUCUCCUUGAGACCGGUGACUCUUCUUAUGUGUUUGAAGCUGAUCAGUCUGAUGUGUCACAGGAUGAAGGAGAUAACCUGAGCAAUACCCUUUUGCCUCAUUACAUGUUUCCCAAACUUGAAGAUGUUGGUUACACGGACCAGCCUCAUAAUUCAUGUCAUUUUGGAUUUCCCGAGGAAGAAGAUCAAGCCAUCUGGUCUUGGUCUUACUGAAUUUUCUGUUGUAGUAAUACACAACAUGCAUCUACCGUGGACUCUCACAGGUUCUUCUGUCAAUAAAUGAGAUAAUGUGGUAGACAUGGGGGAGUGAGUGAAUAAUAAGCCAAAGAAAAAUGGCAGUCUGCUGGUCCACAACCGUGGUUUCUUGCCAGUUCUUUUUUACUUUGCAAUGUAACUUUUGGAUCAAAUGUAAUUAAUUGAAUAAUGUCUUCUUGUUGAGGAUGUA